GAUAAGACGGAAGAAUAUCGGGGCGGGUAAAAAAGUAACCGGUCCGCCCCGCCCAUUGCUAACUCUAAUAAAAGAACCAAUUUUCAUUCCUAAAGGGACUGUAAUCUAUCGGGUGCUUUGUCUGCAGUGGUCUGUCGUCGUUGACCGCAAUCUGUAGCCAAAGUAACGCGCCAUGGCUCGAACUUUGCUUCACCUAACUUCGUCCAUUAUUGUUUGUGCCCUGAUCUGCUUCAAUUUCUUCACCGUCGACGCAAAAGAUCAUCAUCCGCGGCCGAUGCUCCUUCCUCUGCAACUGACCUCACGUAAUCAUUCCCAGCAGCGCCACUUGGACAAUAUCCGCCGUCAUCUGCAGCAAUCGGGAUUCUCUUCUUCCACUCCAAACGCUCGCAUGAGACUUUAUGAUGAUCUCCUAUCCAACGGUUAUUAUACUACUCGGUUGUGGAUUGGAACGCCACCUCAGGAAUUUGCUCUUAUCGUCGACACCGGAAGUACUGUAACUUACGUUCCUUGCUCCAGUUGUGCGCAUUGCGGCAAGCAUCAGGAUCCAAGGUUCCAACCAGAUUUGUCUAGCACUUAUCAACCUGUAAAAUGCAAUCCGAGUUGUAAUUGUGAUGAUGAGCAAAAGCAAUGCACUUAUGAUAGACGGUAUGCUGAGAUGAGUUCCAGCAGUGGUGUGCUUGGGGAGGAUAUUGUUUCUUUUGGGAAUGAAAGUGAACUUGUGCCACAGCGUGCUGUUUUUGGGUGUGAAAAUAGGGAAACAGGUGACCUUUACAGCCAACGGGCUGAUGGUAUAAUGGGUUUGGGUCGGGGCCAGCUUAGUAUUGUGGAUCAGCUUGUUGAUAAGAGUGUUAUUGGUGAUUCAUUUUCUUUGUGUUAUGGUGGGAUGGAUGUUGGCGGAGGUGCAAUGGUUCUUGGAAAAAUCACUCCUCCCCCUGAAAUGGUGUUCUCCCAUUCAGACCCUUUCCGCAGCCCUUACUAUAACAUUGAGCUUAAGGAAAUGCAUGUUGCUGGUAAGCGAUUGAAGCUACCUACUGGGGUCUUUGAUGGAAGGCAUGGAACAGUUUUGGACAGUGGCACCACAUAUGCUUACUUCCAAAAAGAUGCUUUUGUUGCAUUUAGGGAUGCUAUCCUAAGGGAAGUUCAUUCUCUCAAAAGGGUCCGUGGUCCUGACCCUAAUUAUGAUGAUAUAUGUUUUUCUGGUGCUGGAAGGGAUGUUUCCCAACUAUCAAAAAGUUUCCCAGAGGUUGAGAUGGUAUUUAACAAUGGAAAUAAGUUAUUACUGUCCCCUGAAAACUACCUGUUCCGGCACACAAAGCUCAUUGGUGCAUAUUGCUUGGGAAUUUUUGCUAAUACAGAGUCAACUACUCUUUUAGGAGGAAUUGUUGUUCGGAACACCUUAGUUACAUAUGAUCGGGAUAAUGACAGGAUAGGCUUUUUGAAAACUAAUUGUUCUGAACUAUGGAGGAGGGUGAAGAUAUCUGGUGCACCUGCACCAGCUCCUUCAGUCUCCCAAAGCAAUGAUACUAACCUAGAAAUUCCUCCUGCAUCUGCCCGAAGUGGAUCGCCAGCAAAUGUUCUUCCAGGUUCAUUUCAUAUCGGAUUUAUAACAUUUGAUAUGUCAAUUAGCACAAACGACUCCAAAUUGAAGCUCAACUUCAAGGAGCUUGGACAAUUAAUUUCCAAGGAACUGGAAGUCGACAAUUCACAGGUUCGCCUGCUGAAUGUCACUUCCAAGGGGAAUGAUUACCUUGUUAGAUGGGGCAUUUUUCCCACUUCAUCAGCUAGUUAUAUUUCUAAUUCCACUGCAUUGGGCAUCAUUCUGCGCUUAAGGGAUCACCGUUUGCAGUUUCCUGAGAGAUUUGGAAAUUAUAAGUUGGUUGAAUGGAAUGCUGAACCUCAAAGGAAGUCGUCUUGGUGGCUACAUCACCUUCUGGCUGUGGUACUUGGAUGUAUAAUAACUCUUAGUUUGUCAGCUAUCGGGAUAUGGUUGGUUAUUCGACACAGACGACAGUCAGUCACUGCUUAUGAGCCUGUUGCAUCUCCUACUCCGGAGCAAGAGCUUCAGCCACUUCAAACUUAAAGCAGAAACAUUUGCUGCAUAGUUGUCUUGUAUACUACUACAUCUUGCAUAGAGUACAUGAUUUUGGAAUUGAGAGGAGGAUGGUUGUGCAUUCCACCCACAGAUGGAUACGAGGUGAUGAAAUAUUUAACCUCUGUUGUAAAAUAUUUGUUAUCUUCCGGUAUUCUUAAAAAAAAAAAAAAAAAGCAACCAAAUAUAGCGAAUAGAUGAUUUGACAAGAUGACCAUACAUACAUACAUGCAUACAUGUAUUCUUUUCACCGUGAUGUAUGUCAAUAUCUCACAUCAAGUAAUACAAGAUCCAUUACUAUUCCCUUCAGAAUGCUGGAAACUUUGCAGUUUUUAUCAUCGCUCAUGCUUCCUCAGCUGCUGCUUGAGUGCAAGGUGAGGAUCUUAUGUUAUCUUGACUUCGGAUAUGGAUAUGUUUAUUUGUAUACAUGUAUACAUAUUUGAAGGACAAUACGCACAUAUAUAUAGCUUAAUAGAAACCUUUUAAGGCUUUAGUGUCAAA